AAAACUCUUAGCAUAUUUGAAGCCAGUAUUGGUCCGCCAAAGAAGUGGCACCCCUACCCCAACUCCCAUCAAGGAUAAAACAAUAAGCGGAGAGAAUGACUGAAAGCAAUGGAAUCAGGAAUUUGUCAGAAGCACAGAACAACUGGAAAGAUUCUGGAACAGGGCCAGAAGAUUCCUCAGUGCCUCUCUGGACCACGUCUGCUGAUGGGCUGGUUAAGCUGAGGAUGGACCCCACGUGUCUGCAAGCUCCCAUAACUGUUCACCAGAUGUUUCAAGAAUCCUUAGAGAAAUACGGGUCUCUCAAUGCAAUGGCCAGCAAGAAGGACGGGGAAUGGGAAAAGAUCACCUUUGCUGAGUAUUACAACUAUUCUCGCAAAGCAGCUAAAAGCUUCCUGAAGCUUGGCCUUGAGCGAUUCCACAGUGUAGCGAUACUUGGGUUCAAUUCCACAGAAUGGUUCAUUUCAGCCGUGGGAGCUGUUUUUGCUGGCGGCAUUGUGACAGGAAUCUACACAACCAGUUCUCCUCAGGCCUGCCACUACAUUGCUCAGGACUGCCGAGCCAAUAUCAUUGUGGUCGAAAACCAGAAACAACUGGACAAAAUCAUGCAAAUCCAGAAUUGUUUACCACACUUGAAGGCCAUUGUGAUGUACAGGGGGCCCUUGGCUGAGAAGCAUCCCAAUUUGUACACGAUGGAUGAAUUUAUGGAGUUGGGCAAUGAGAUCCAGGAUGGAGAGCUGGAUGCUCUAAUUGAGUCCCAAAAGCCAAAUCAAUGUUGCGUUCUGAUCUACACAUCCGGAACGACGGGGAAACCCAAAGGGGUGAUGCUUAACCAUGACAAUAUAACCUGGACUUCGGCCCAUGCCAGCCGGGCAGGGGACAUGCAGCCGGCUGAAAUCCAGCAGGAGACCAUUGUCAGCUACCUUCCUCUCAGCCACAUUGCUGCCCAGAUUUAUGACCUCUGGACUGGAAUCAAGUGGGGAGAACAGGUCUACUUUGCAGAGCCAGAUGCCUUAAAGGCGGGCUUGGUGGGUACCCUGAAAGAGGUGCUGCCCACCUCACAUAUGGGAGUUCCCCGGGUGUGGGAGAAGAUCAUGGAAAAGAUCAAAGAUGCCUCUUCUCAAUCUGGCUUUGUGAAGAAGAAAAUCCUGUCUUGGGCCAUGUCGGUCAGCUUGGAACAAAACCUGAGUGCCUCUAAUAGUGAUUUAAAGCCCUUUCGAAUGAGGUUAGCAGACUCUUUGGUACUUGCUAAAAUCCGCCAGGCUCUGGGCUUUUCUCGGUGUGAGAAGCACUUCUGUGGGGCCGCUCCUCUCUCGACAGAAGCGCUGCACUUCUUCCUGGGCCUCAACAUCCCCUUGUAUGAAGCUUAUGGGAUGAGCGAGACCACCGGCCCACACUGCAUGUCCAGCCCAUAUGUUUACCGGCGUUACAGCUGCGGCAAAGCUAUCCCAGGCUGCAAAGUGAAGUUAAUGAACAAGGAUGACGACGGCAAUGGGGAGAUUUGUUUCUGGGGGCGAACUGUUUUCAUGGGCUACUUAAACAUGGAGGACAAGACCAGGGAAGCGCUUGAUGAGGAUGGCUGGCUGCAUUCUGGAGAUCUGGGGAAGAUGGACAGCGAUGGGUUCCUCUACGUCACAGGAAGAAUUAAAGAGAUCCUGAUUACAGCUGGGGGUGAAAACAUCCCUCCAGUCCCCCUCGAAGAUGCUGUCAAGAGGGAGCUGCCUCUUGUGAGCAACACCAUGCUGAUUGGAGAUCAGAAGAAAUUCUUGUCCAUGUUACUGACUUUAAAGUGUGCAGUGGAUCCUGAGACUUCUGAGCCUACAGACAGCCUGACCCAAGAAGCCAGGGAGUUUUGCCAGAAAGUUGGCAGCAAAGCCACUCAAGUGUCUGAGAUUGUGCGGACAAGAGAUCUGGCUGUUUAUCGGGCCAUCCAAGAUGGCAUAGACAGAGUCAAUGGGCGGGCAGCAGCCAAUGUUCAGCGCAUUCAGAAGUGGGCAGUCCUAGAAAAGGAUUUUUCAAUUUCUGGUGGGGAAUUUGGUCCAACCAUGAAAUUAAAGCGGCAAACUGUUGUUGAGAAGUACAAAGAUGAAAUUGAUUCAUUUUACAAAAAAUAAAGUCAGCCGUCCAGUAUUGCUCUCCAAGCUCCAAUAGAACAGAAACACACAUUCUGUAGAAUAUGCAAGACCAUCUUUCCAAGGAAGCUGUUUGAAGACCACCACCAUUUUGAAGAGGAUACUAACAAGAGGUUUUGGGUUCCACUUCUAAUGCUAAUUAGGCUACAGAAGCCAGAGAGCACCACACACCCCAGAAUCAGAGUUGGAAGGGAUCCAGAGGGCCGUUUAGUUGAGCCCCCUGCAAUGCAGCAAUCUCAACUAAAGCAUCCAUGACAGAUGGCAAUCCAACCAAUCCAAUAUUCAUUCCAGUGAAUAUAGAUUUUCAUCCAGCUUAUUGAUAGGGAUGGACUAAUCUGCCAGUUGUGAUUUCUCAUUUUCAGUCCAAUCUUAAAUAGGAUUUGCAACUUUUCAACAUCAGUUUGUUUCUUUACAGAAAGCAUUCACUAAAAUUCAUCAUCAUUUUAGUGCACAUUUCUCCAAAUACACAAAUCUCUAUUCUGCCUUGGUCAGACCACACCUGGAAUACUGUGUCCAGUUCUGGGCACCACAAUUUACUGACAAGCUGGAACGUGUCCAGAGGAGGGCAACCAAGAUGAUCAAGGGUCUGGAAAACAAGCCUUAUGAGGAACGGUUGAGGGAGCUGGAAAAGAGGAGACAAAGAGAAGAUACGAUGGCCAUCUUAAAAUAUCUCAAGGGCUUUCACAUGGAAGAUGGAACAAACUUGUACAUUCCUGCUCCAGAGGGUAGGACCCAAACCAGUGGCUUCAAGUUACAAAAAAGGAGAUUCUGAUUAAACAUCAGGAAGAACUUUCUGAUGAGAGCCGACAGUGGAACAGACUCCCUUGGGAAGUGGUGGCCUCUCCUUCCUUGGAAGUUUUCAAGCAGAUGUUGAAUGGCCAUCUGUCAGGGAUGCUUUAGUUUAGAUUCCUGCAUUGUAUGGGGUUGGACUAGACAGUUCUUGGGUUUCCUUCCAACCUUACAAUUUUGAUUCUUUAUUGUCACAAUCAGUGAGUAGUAAUAGUAUCACUGUAUUCUGCUCUGGUCAGACCCCACCUGGAGUACUGUGUCCAGUUCUAGUUACCACAGUUCAAGAAGGAUACUGACAAGCUGGAAUGUGUCCAGAAGAGGGCAACCAAAAUGGUCAAAGGCCUGGAAACGAUGCCUUAUGAGGAACGGCUUAGGGAGCUGGGUAUGUUUAGCCUGGAGAAGAGAAGGUUAAGGGGUGAUAUGAUAGCCAUGUUCAAAUAUAUAAAAGAAUGCCAUAUAGAGGAGGGUGAAAGGUUGUUUUCUGCUGCUCCAGAGAAGCGGACACGGAGCAAUGGAUUCAAACUACAAGAAAGAAGAUUCCACCUAAACAUUAGGAAGAACUUCCUGACAGUAAGAGCUGUUCGGCAGUGGAAUUUGCUGCCAAGAAGUGUGGUAGAGUCUCCUUCUUUGGAGGUCUUUAAGCAGAGGCUUGACAGACAUAUGUCAAGAAUGCUUUGAUUGUGUUUCCUGUUUGGCAGGGGGUUGGACUGGGUGGCCCUUGUGGUCUCUUCCAACUCUAUGAUUCUAUGAUUCUCCUAAUAUACAUAUUUUGUAUGCAGUCUUCCCAAGUAUAAUGAAUUUUGACAUAUAUUAAUUAAUGUCAAAAUUCAUGUAGUUUUAUGCACACUUUCCUACUUUAGGUUGGAAAACUGCACUGCAAAAUUCAGAGAAGUGUAAUUUCAAAGGUUAGCUGCGUUUUUGUUUCCUGUAUUGUUUUGGGACAUGCUAAUUUGGUAUGGUCACAUUAAAAUGUGA